CUUCAGCUGUUUCCCAAACGAGAAAGUUUUUCUCCCCAUCUCUGUUAUUAGGAAUAUUCCAAAAGCCCCGUUCGGAGGUACACAUUGCAAGCGCGGCAUGCAAAUAUUCCACAAAUAAAACCUAAAUACGUUUUGUUCCUUAUCUGGGGACCUUCAUUAACGUCUCCCGGUGAUCAUUCCUACGUGCUCCUCAAGUCUAUGAACGUGUCCCAUUCUCCAUUCGUCCUUUCCUAAAUAUUCGAACUUAAUCGCUUGCAUGGUAUUUUCCUUCUUCACGUUUAAAGGGUUAAAAGAGAAAGAAAAGCGCGCACCACUGUGACAUCAAGCCUCUUACUUAAGUCUUAAAUAAGGAGGGAGGGAGACUUUCAGAGGGAGAUCUUCAGGUGCUGAGUCUCUGAGCAGAUGCGCGCCGACCUCGGAGUCUCCAGGCGCGCAGCGGAGGAUUUUGCGCACUGGAAUCAAGCAGAGCUGAAGGAGCGGUCUGCUUGACCGACCGCAGUCUAGGCGCCGGCGAUACGGAACUCAGUUGGUAGCAUUCCACUGCGGACAGAGGCAACUUCCAGCUCACGUCGCUCCGGAUUAAACAGAAGAAAACUGCUCGCUUGGAUUUGAAACUUAGAAAACUAAGUCGCCGUUUGAAGACAUCUCAUUAGAGGAGAUUCCAACACCCUGAGAGACGGGGACGUUUAAAGAGGAUUGUAGAACUCUUUGCAGGAUUGGACGGGGAUGGUUCCAGCUUGAAGUAUCAGUAAAUCUGCAGAACAGUGAUGUUCCAGCGGUAUGCGUGUCUUCUCCUCUCCAAGUCUUCCAGAGGGGAUUUAACCGCCGCUCAUCUUUCCUAAAACCGUCAAGUCGCUGAAGAUGAGAGCCCUGCAAACCUUCUUGUUGUUUUUCCUCCUGCACCAGAUCACAUGCAGGAAAGUGCAUGGAGGCGCCACAGAGCUCAUCGAGUGGAGGGACAGUGACAAUGAACAGAAGAUUUCUCCCACGGGGGCCAGUCCACGGAUUUUCAACCCCCUGCGCUUGUUUGCCAGGGGCUCCCCUGAGCUCAAGAGCAACAUGAGGGAAAUUACAUAUUUACAGAACAUGGAGGACUUUUGGGACUGGUUAUCUAACCAGACAGAUGUUCAGGGCGCACAGGCCAGAACUAAACGCAGACCCAUCGUGAAGACUGGCAAGUUCAAAAAGAUGUUCGGGUGGGGGGACUUCCACUCGAACAUCAAGACAGUCAAGCUCAACCUGCUGAUCACAGGAAAGAUCGUGGACCACGGGAACGGCACGUUUAGCGUCUACUUCCGCCACAACUCGACCGGAAUGGGCAACGUCUCCGUGAGCCUGGUGCCGCCUUCCAAGGUGGUGGAGUUCGAGAUCGCGCAGCAGUCCACGCUGGAGACCAAAGACACCAAGUCAUUCAACUGUCGCAUCGAGUACGAGAAGACUGACCGGAACAAGAAGACCGCCCUGUGCGGAUUCGACCCGUCCAAGGUGUGCUAUCAGGAGCACACGCAGAGCCACGUGUCAUGGCUGUGCUCAAAACCCUUCAAAGUCAUAUGCAUCUACAUAGCCUUUUAUAGUGUGGACUAUAAACUGGUGCAGAAGGUAUGCCCUGACUACAACUAUCACAGUGACACACCUUACUCCUCCACAGGAUGACUUAGACGUUAGGGGGGCGCCAGCCUUUUGUUUAAUCUCCAAACUAUGUAAAUGUGAAACUCUAAACUCACUGUCCCCCCCCAAAAAAAAACACCCUAAAUAUCUGAAUUUGCUCUAAAAGAAAACUUAACAUGAAUUGGGGCAAGCACACUUGUAGUAUUUGGCAAAACCUGUGUAAAUAUAGCACAUCCAGAAAUAAAAAAAAGGCUUCUAGGUCUUGGUUAUAGGGGUUUGAUGAUGUUGAAAGGCAGCGCUAGCUCCCGACCCUGGGUGAAUCCUCGUCACAACAGCACAUGUUCUCUGGUGUAAUUAAUGUGUUGUCCAGAUGUUUUCCUCCAGGCUAGACCACGGGCAAAGUGUUGCGCCAAUUUAAAGUGCAAACCUGGAUUCUUGGUGGUGCACGAGUCAGGAAUUGCAUCAGCUAAUUUGAAUAGUUAUUGCUUAAUAUAUGUCAUAAACAUUAUUUUCUAAAAUAAAUGCAGUUAUUAUUAGAGCAUACAAUAAUGAAAUAUUCAUUAAAGAAAACUACUGUAUUGUGGGAAAAAAAUGGGCAAAUGGUUAAUUGAGCUGAUAUUUAUUUGUGUUUUAAGAAAACUCAAAAGGAUAGACUAUUACUUCAAGAUUAUUCUGCAUCCUUUCUUGCAGAUUUAAAUAGUUAUUAAUAGUUAAUGAAUCUUUUGUUAUAUUUCUCAUGGAUGGAUUGAUGUGAUGCUUGUUGAUUAAUAAAACCUAUUUCAAAGUACACAUAAAAAAUACAUCGAUCAGACAACUAAUAAUUACAGCUACAACGGCCCGCAAACUUUCUCACACUGCUUGAACUUCUCCACAUUCAUCUCCCUCAAAUCAAAACGCUGUAGAAACUUUUUUAAAAGUCUUUUCAAAUCUAUGCACUUCUGCCAUUUUCAUUGACAUCAACCCUCAUCAGACUGAGAGCGUCUCUUAACUUUGACUGAAGAACUCCAGCACAUGAAUAUGCUGGGACGGGAUCCAAACCAUUUCACUCCCGCUAUGUUUGCAUGUUUAAGGCUGUUGGAAGGUGAACCUCCAACCCAACAGGCUCUGGCAGGUUUUCUUCCUGCAUUUAGCUUCAUUUAGCUUCUCAUCAGCUCUGAGGAGCUCCCCAUUCCUAACAGAAGUAAAGCGAUGCUCCCACCACCUUGCUUUACUGUCAGGACAGUCCGUUCAGGGUGAAGUGCAGUGCUAGUUAGAUUCCUGCCUCAUAUGUCGUUUUGCAUGUAUACCAAAAAUUUCAUUUUUGUCCUAACUUACCAAAGCAUGUUGUUUUCCACGUUUGCUGUGUACCCUAAGUGGCUUAUGGCAAAACGCACAUGGAACGUCUUAAGGCUUUCUUUCAACAAUGGCUUUCCCCUUAUUGCUUGUCCAUAAAGGCCAGAUUUAGACUUAGACAACUUUAUUUAUGGAGUGCAAAGCUAAUAAGAAGAAUAAUAUUAAUCAAUCCAUUGCCUUUACAUGUUUAUCCUUGUAGGAUUGGUGCCUACCUCAAGUUAUAGGCAAGUUAUACCCUGGCUAGUCCUAAUAACCAUUCAUGCACUCAUCCCGAAGGACAAUUUAGAGUAAAUAAAUGACCUAAUACGCAUAUUUUUUUUAAACUGUGGGAAGAACCCAGAACAUCCAGAAAGAAACUACGUUCCUAACUGUGCCAGUGUGCAGCCCAACUAAGUACACAAUUAAAAAGCCUCCUGAUAAUAUUUUCUCCCUCCUGAGCGAUGAAUCUCUGCAGCUCCUCCAUAGUUACUGUUACUGAUGGCCUAUCCUACAAUGCAAAUUACUUCUGAAGCAAAUUGGUUGAUAACCUUUAAAUAAAGCCCAUUUCAGAGUAAAAGAGACUGAAUACGAGAGCAUUCCGUUCUUUUUAGAUUUGUUUUCUUAAUAUAUUUUAAAACCAUAAAUCCUUUCUUUCGGUUGAACAACUUUGCACUUUCUGUUGGCGCAUCAUGAUAAAAUCUCAAUAAGAUCUUUGCAGAGUGAGACGAUGUGGAAAAGUUCAAGGGGUAUAAAUCCUAGAGCCAGGCACAGUGAUGCAUUUCAGUUCUCCAGCGUCGACUUUCCUGCUGCAAUUAUCCUAAGGCGUGUGUGUGCUAAACCGGUCUGAAAUCCAACAUCUGUGUUUGCAGGAUGCACUUUGAGGCAUCAGCCUGCCGAGCGAGCCAUGCUGCGGAUUAAUGUGUCAGGAGAGGAAGGGAGGGGGACGCAAUAAUUGCAGGACAGGUGGAUUUAGUGAGUCUGGCAGACAAUUAUCAGUACUUUGUCAUGGUCCUGCUACCAGCCCUGACAUUACCUGCCUUUAAUAGGCUUUAAUUAGCCUGGGAAUUUCUUUUCGCCACGAGUAGAGAAGCUGAAAAAGAGAAAGAACGUGGGCAAAAGUAAAAAAAGAAAAAAA